AUGUCUAGUCACAUCAAGUUUGCAGAGCCCAUCGGCAAGAAAGGUGGUGACGGACCUCCAAGAGGGAGAGAAACUGGAGAAAAAGGGUCGACACAAAGAGCACCGUCUCCUGGAAGUGAAAUCGUCUAUCCGACAGGAUGGAGACUCGCACUUACUACCAUAGGGCUCUUGAUUGGGUUCUUUCUCUCCAAUUUGGAUGUGACAAUUGUAAGCUCGUCUCUUACGAGCAUGACAGAUGAUCUUGAAGGCUUUGAGAAGAGAAGUUGGAUUGUUACUGGCUACCUGGCCACCUACACAGGCUCCAUGGCAAUAUGGACAAAAGUGAGUGAUAUCAUCGGAAGGAAGCAUACUACAAUCGCUUCUCUCGUCAUCUUGCUUGCCUUUUCCAUUGGAUGCGGAUGCGCCCACACAAUAAACCAACUUAUAGUUCUUCGUGCUCUCCAAGGCAUAGGAGGCGCGGGGGCAUAUGCCUUGGCACAACUAUGCAUCUAUGAAAUAUCCCCUAAAACGAAGCUUCCGACAUACAGCGGUCUCAUGUCAUUCUGCCUCGCUCUUGCAUCUUUGAUAGGCCCUAUCAUUGGAGGCGCCUUUGCGCAAGAUUCGUCCUGGAGAUGGACUUUCCUUAUCAAUGCUCCAUUAUGCGGUGUUGCGAUCCUUGUCAUCUUCAUUGCUAUGCCUACAAACUUCGGUCUCGACCAGCAUACUCCGUCAUUUAGAACGCGAGCAUCAUAUCACUCAUUUGCGAAUCUUGAUCUCACGGGGUCGGUCCUGCUGAUGGCCGGUUCAUUCUUGAUUGUUGCGGUCCUAAAUGAGACGAAUCUUUCCUUUUCAUGGUCCUCUGGGGGCGCAAUUGCGCUUCUAGUGCUGACGGGAGUCUCCUGGGUUGCUUUCUUUGCCUGGGAAUGGUACAUAUCGGGAAUUCCAGGGAAGGAUCCUAUUUUCCCCAAACGCUGGCUAUCUGACCGUCCAUGGAUGGGUAUUCUAACCUCCUCGUUCCUCAUCGGUGUACCAUGGAAUGUUGUUAUCGUGUAUGUUCCACAGCAAGCCGAGAUUUUAUUAGGCAAAUCCCCAUUGAACUCGGGAAUUUAUUUGAUUGGAUACUCGGCGGUGGCAGCCUUUGCCGCCGCAAUUGUCAACAUUGCCAGCUCCAGAGGACGCAUCCCCUUUAUCUAUACUUUGCUCGUCGGAUGCGUAAUCCACACUGUUGGCAUGGGUCUUCUCUCGACCAUCACCGCCUCGAGGGGAUUUCAUGCAACGGAUAUUGUAUACGAGGCCAUCGCAGGUGCAGGAAUGGGCAUAAUCAUGGGAGUUUUGGUACUAUCAACACCAUAUAUAGUCGAGGACAGGGAUCUUGCGAUCGCAACUGGCGCUGUUGUUCAGUUCCGCUUCCUUGGAGGGGCUAUUGGUCUCGCUAUUGCGUCCAAUAUUUUGAACGGUCGCCUGGCACAUCAUUUGCAUGGUGCUCUGACAACACACGAACUGCAUCUGUUCCUCGAGAACGUGAAAUCGAUAGAUAUGCUCUCUCCGCAUCUACAGGACCAGGUAAAGGAUGUUUUUGCUGGCAGUUACAGCACGCAGCUGCGUGUCAUGAUUGGAUUUGCAGGCGCGCAGAUAUUUGCAAUUCUUCUAUUACUCAAGAAAGGCCGACAGUUUGCUGCUGGAAAGGCACUACCAGGUGUAAGAUCGGGUUGA